CUGACAUCCCAUCAACCUAUACACCUCCGAUUCUUCAAUCCCCGCGAAACAUUCCACAACCAUUUCACAACCAUUCAUGCUGGACGUGCCCCAGCAAGCACUUCCUGAACGGUACGAUUCACGGGCACUAAGUGUGCUCCACAUCUCCAAACAAUCAACGUCAACGAUCUCAGCAAACGGCGCUGGCGCCCUGCUGAUGCAGUCGUCCAAGAACCACCAUCGACUGCUCGUAUGGAACGACCUGAUCAAUCUGCCUGACCAAUCACCGCGGUAUAAAUGCUUGAGCUCCCAAUGCCUGCCAUGACGAAGCUACCCUCCGACUCCUUCUGGCCGAAGGUCGUCCCCGACAAGGACAUGGGAAUUCCCCUUCCCAAACUCACCAGCGACUCGUCAUCCUCCCUCAUCUCUCCCUUGACUCUCCCUCGGGGAGUUGCUGGAUACUUCGACCAAGUGGCGGCCCAGGGCACCAUACAAGGCCUUCCUGUCGUCUACCCUUCGUUUGAUUGCACAGCGCUCCAUAAACCUCGUUCAAGUCGAGUCUACUCACCGCUAUCACCCGGUGUUAGAGGACCGACUGCAAACAAUGGCUCAUUUCUCUCACCCUACCUUCUGCCCACAACAAAGCAACGGCAAUUCCACGUCGACCAACACCGGUCGAGUAGCCUGCCCCCGCAGGCUCGAAAAAGCAUCACAUCUCCGAGCGCAGCAGAGCAUAAGCUGGGGUUCUCAUCGCAGGAGUUUGCGGUCGGCGCCGCCGGUAACGGUCUGAGCCCUGGGGUCAAUGGGGGAAUCCCGCCCAUGAGUUUAGCUUCGGCGAGCCAUCCGCGGUCCAUCUCAGCCGAUGCGAUAAGCGCGCCUCCGCAUGCGCAGAUGAUUCAGCGGCUCAUCCAACAAAAUUCUAGGAUGCGGGAGGCAUGGGAGGCGGAGCGCAAGUAUCUGGAGGCGAACCGGGAACGGGCCGAAGAGGUGUAUAAGGAAGAGCGCGCCCUCAUGGAGGAAGAGCGCGCGGAAUGGGAGGCAGAGAAGGCGGCGCUGUUGCAGGAGAUCGAGAGGCUUCGGCAUGUGUUGGCCGCGAGAGGAGGCACGCACUCUUUUCCGAGGACCUCUUUGACUGACAUGGGCGGACGGGGAGGCACUCGGGGUGCGUCGGGAGCCAGCACCAACGGCUCAUUGUCCUUGCACAUGAGUCCACAACAGCCGAGGAAAAACGGGGAUCCGUUCUCUCUGAAUGGGCACGUUCCUUUGCCUCCCAUGACUUCACUGGGUGCGCUGGAGCUUGCCUCACCGAGGUCGCCAAACGGACCCAGCGUUUCGUCGCCCGACUUUCUCAAAUCAGGCGAGAAGGCCACGGCUGAGACCGGCCCUAUUCCGAUUGUUGAUGUCAAAGAGAUUCACCCGGAGCUGGAGGGUAUCCCAAUAAAGGCUACCAGCGUGAAGAAGGCUACCUUCAAAGAUCAUGGGUCCCAAAAUGGGUCCAACUCGUCCAGUCGGUCUGGCUCCCCUCCCGCGAGCUCCGACCAGGCCAGAAGCCCCCGGGAUAAGAAGGAGCAGACCCUGCAAGUCCUGGCAGCGGAUGAAGCGUACCGUCUCACAAUGCAUGCUGGCCACACGCCAAGUCAUUCUCUCUCCUCUCUGGCUACCGUCGCCUCUUCAGGGACGGCCACCGCGACGAGCAAUGGCGGCGACAGCACUCCAACCAUACCGCACGAAGACGGCGCGUCAAGCCGGGGCAUUGGCAUGGCGGGCGAGGAGCACAGCCCUUCAGGAUCAAAGCACGCCACAGAGCUUUUCCCGGGCGUGUCGGACAGACACGGCAAUUUACUCGUCGACCACCAACCGGAGCCCAUCCUGGAGCCCAGCGAAGACCGCGAAUUGAAGGGCCCGCUGAUGGUGCGGAACAUGCCGGCACACGACGAAAUCUUUUUCCAGAAGCUCUCGGACAAGCUGGAGGAGGUCUGCAAGGACGACAAGGCCGCCUUGCCCGCUGUGUUGCAAGCCGAGAGCGCGGUCGAGGACUCGGGCGAGUCCUGUCUGAAGUCCGAGAGCGAGGAAAAGCUCGGCCCCCAUCGGGAGACGGCCGCUUCGGAUGAGUCCGGCUCUGCGGGCAGCAAGGGCAGCAAGGGCAGCCCGAACAGCGGCGACGAAGAGGACUUCGACGUCCCGUUAAAGUUCAAAAAGCGUAUGAACUUUGGCGCCCCCUUUGGCGAGAUCCGGUAGCCACGGCUCUGCGCAAGAUGUACAGCGGUCAGAACAUGUGUAUGUUUCUAAUAAUUCGAGCUUGCCGCUUGCUUGUUCCUUUU